UCAACAGAGGGCAGUGUAGUUUACUUCCGGCGGGAUUAGCUGGUGAAGAAGAGUAUAGACGUGCCAUUGUUAAUUAUGAUUUGAUAUUUUAAAAGAAGUAUUGACUAUUCAGGUACAAAAUAGAUGGCCAAGCAGUAUAUGUACCAUAGAACAAAAUAGUAUUUCACAAUGGAGAAGGAAUUUCAUGAAAUCGAUAGCAAGAACGCUUGGGCACAAGCUUUCCAGCAAAUACGAAGUGAAUCUGGGAAUUACAACUUCACAUACAAAGAUGCAAGAAAAGCAGAAAACAAAAACUUGAAUCGUUACAGAGAUGUAAAUCCAUAUGACCAUAGCCGUGUUAGACUGAGUAAAGGAGACAAAGACUAUAUUAAUGCAAGUUUUGUAGAAAUACCAGCUGCCAGACGUGCCUAUAUUUUAACACAGGGUCCACUGCCAAUAACAACAGGGCACUUCUGGCUAAUGAUAUGGGAACAGAAGUCAAAAGCUGUUCUUAUGCUGAAUCGAGUUAUUGAAAAAAACACAGUGAAGUGUCACCAGUACUGGCCCUUAGGAAGCCAUCAUGAUGGUGAAGAUGAAAUGGUGCUCAAAGAUGUUAAUCUUAAGGUCACCAUUUGUGGAGAGAAGGAAGCUGAAAACUACACUGUCCGAGAGCUGCUUGUAUCAAACUUAGAUAGUAAUGAAUCUAGAAUGGUACUUCAUUUUCACUACACAACUUGGCCUGACUUUGGAGUACCAGAAUCCCCCUCAGCAUUCCUCAACUUCCUCAUGGCCGUCCGAGAUUCUGGAGCUCUUAACCAAAAUGUAGGGCCAGCAGUUGUUCAUUGCAGUGCAGGAAUUGGUCGUUCUGGCACCUUUUGUUUGGUUGACUCUUGUCUUAUUUUGAUUGAAGAAAGUGGAUGUACAGACACAGUAAAUGUACAGAAAGUGUUGUUAGAAAUGAGGAAGUAUCGUAUGGGACUCAUACAAACACCUGAUCAGCUGCGUUUCUCAUACCUUGCCAUAAUUGAAGGAGCUAAGCAGAUCUUAGCUGACCAAAAAAUUUCAGAAUAUGUGCCUUCGAAGAGUGUUUAUGAAUUACCGGAUGGAGUGUUUGAGGAAAAACAGAUCAAUAACAAUGAGAGUGAAAAGCCAAAAAAAAAUAUUAUAGAAGCUGAAAACCGUGAAGAGGUAGCUAGCCCAGAGACAUCAGUUAGUGAAUUGAACCGAAGGAUAGCCGAAAAAAACGAUGCCAAAACAGAACCUCCACCACUGCCACCCCGAAACAAGCCAUUUUCUGACAUACCCAUUGAGAAAAAUUUCUCGGAAGCCACAGAAAUGUCACCUAAAUCCGUAACAUCUGAGAAUGUAGUUUCCUUCAAGGCUAGUGAAGAUUUAAGGGAAGUUGAUUUUCCCAGGGAAGAGGAUAUAGUUGUCACAAAUAAUACUUCAUCACUCAGAGAGAACAGCAUAACUGAUGCAGAAAUACGAAAAAGAAGACGUAAAGAGCGUUUGGAAAAAACAGCCGAAACUGUCCAAAAAAUGCGCCGGAAACAGCAAGACUCUGAAUCAUGGGCACGACGCAGAUCAAGAGACUGGGAGGAAAACAGCCACACUGAUUCUCCUUCUAAGCAUCCAAGAACUUGAAGAGCCUUUUCAGGAAGAAUCACCAGAUAAUUUCCAUCCCUGUUUUUUUUUCUUUUUUUUAGAGUAACAUAGUGCACAUUUUAAUGACGUUUGUACAGUCUGAAUUUGAAUACUAAAAUCACUCCAUCUGUCAUGUACUGUCUGGCUUUUAACGUAGUGUAAUUACACCAAAGAAUUGACAAUAAAUUCCUCUCACUGACA